CAUAUAAUAAUGAAAAGUGGGAAAUGAAGGGAGCAUUGAGUUGUGAUUACUUUAUUGACUCUCUCUUUGCAUUUGUCACACCACCAUUCAUCUAAUCCAUGCUCCCAACAGACAGCUUCAUAUUCUUCUUUUUCCAAAUUUUCCCUUUUGCAUCAAUCCAUGCCCCUAUAUAUACAUGAUUCCCUUUCUUCUUCCCUUUUAAGAAUCACACAAAUAUUCUAAUUCUCCCUUCUAUUGUUCCAACUUGAACACUUGCCAUGGAAAACACGAUGAAGCUUAGGAAACACAAGACCCACACACCUUCCCUAGCCAUGCACAGAGAUUCCCACAUGGUGUCCAAAGCCAAACCCAAGAUCCGCAUAAUCCACAUAUUUGCCCCAGAGAUCAUCAAGACCGAUGUGGAGAACUUCAGGGAACUGGUGCAGAAGCUAACUGGGAAACCGAGCGGAGAAAAAUGUUGCAAGAAGAAGAAGGCCAGGGCAAAAAACGAAGAAGAAUAUUCGAGAAUGUCAGAAUAUGACGAUAAUAAUGGAGGAUGUUGGGGGUUGGAUGUGACAAGGGAGAAAGUCAAAGAAGAGGUUGGGGUUUGUUCCAGUGAUGAAAGUUGUGGUGGUUACUUGGGUGGCUUCACUGAUUUGGAAGGCUUUAUUUCUGAGAUCGCUGCUUUUCCUUUUCUCCCUUUGGAUCCUAAUCACAUCAUGCAAGGCUUUGAACCACCUCAACUUCUUUUAUAGACAUAUAUAUAUAGAGAGAGAUCUUUUCUUCAAUUUCGUAGUUCAUAUAUAUAUUUUUUUUUUGUGUUUGAUUAUGAAAUCAUUUCGCUUGCUUAUCAUCCACAUAUAUAUAUAGAGAGAGAAGAGAAUGACUGACUUUUUAUCA